CUGCGGCAGCUGCAGGAGAAGUUCCAGGCCCUGGCUGAGAAGAUGACGCUGAGGGUGGAAGAAAUGGGCGAGCGCAUUGAUGAUCUUGAGAAGCAUGUUGCCGACCUGAUGACAGAGGCUGGGAUAGAAAACACUGAUGAAGAGCUGAGAGUAAAGAAACUUAAGUAUUACUUUAUGUAUUUCCACUUAGUUUUGCGCUAUGCACUGAAACAAGGACGGGACGGAGAAAGAAAAAGGGAGAAGAGCACCGUGCUGAAUCUGGGAGUUUACAAGUAG